AUGGGCGAUGAGCUUUCUCCGACGGAUAAAAUGACUGAACUUGCUCAAACGCUUGCAUUAGAUCAGACGACUCUAGAACGCGCUUGGAAAGUCUACAGUUCGGUUUCCGAAACCUUCACUCUCGAAGGCAGUUCCGACGUCUGGGCUGGCUGUGCAAUAUUCGCCGCCUGUUCAAUGACAGUCAAUACCUGUAUGAACGGGCGGGAGAUCAAUGGAAACUGCAUCUCGCUGAUGAGCUUGCUCGACGAAGUCAACAUUUCGCUCAUUGAUUUCAUGAAGAAAAUCAAACGCUGGUCGGAAAUGGCGCAGUUGGGCGAAACUUUCAACGCGAAAAUUGAGCAGUUGGAGAAGAACUUUUCUGUGGUAACCGUCAUCUACAAGAAAUUCGCGCCAAUCUUCACCGACGUCUUCCGAAUAAACUGCUUCGCCACUCCCGGCCGACGAAAAGGAAAACGUCCACUUGGGCACGAGCAAUUGAAAGAAUUCACCUGGCUGCUCUUCAUUCAUACAAAGAGUCAAUUUCCGAAAGUCGCUGGCGAUCUGGUCAAUUCGUAUCAUUUGCUCCUCGCCUCCGUCAAUUUCGUCUUUCGAAAUGUUUUCUUGCAGUCGAAUUUGAAAGGUUUCAUCAAGGACGAAUUCGUCCCGGAAGGCGAAGAAAUCUCCAUCCUCGAAAAACUCUCCGAACGGCACCAAGGUCUUCUCGCCGACGCGCAGUGCAUCAACGACCACUGGUUCGAGCCGCACAUCGCGCAGCUCUACGAACAGGCGAAGUUUUCCUACGACGCGAAUAGCGAGGAGGGAAUCUGUGGCGCUUUCGAGGGGCAGUUCUACGAAACGAAUAUCAGAGAACUGAAGAACAUGUACUCUGAGUUUGUUCUUCUCCGAGGGGACUUUGAUGAGCAGAUCUUUUUGAAGCCAGACGCAGACUCGAGCUUGGGCACACCGGUCAAGGGCUCUGCCGGGAAUUCUGGCUCUUUAGACUCGACAUUUGGCGAAAAUUCAUCAACAAUUGCUUUUGGAGCGAAAACACCUCUGACAAAUCGUCGAUAUUUGGCGAAAACGCAAAGCACUGCCUCUCCCAUCUCUCAGCAUACCCGUGCUGUCCAGCAAAUCAAAGAUCUCAUCAAAGAGAAUGACUCCUCUGAUAUUCCAGCGAGCUUGAUGUCCCUCCUUGCUUCAUGCGAGAAAGAUCACUCUCGCUCCCUUCGAGAUCUGGUUAACACCUCCUCCGAGACCAUUCUAGAGAAGCUGAAGAAAGACAAGUCCCUGAGCGAGCGAUUGGAAAUCUCGAAGAAGCUCUUUUGGCGAUUCCUCGAGUCCAUUCUUUUGGAAGAACGAGACCGUCUUGGUAAAAUCAGCGAUUUGGGCUUCCUUCUUCAAAAACCAAUCGUUGUCAAGUCGAUUCUAGCUGUUUCGGUGGAGAUUAUUCUUUGGAGCUACUCCUCGCACGACAACUUUCAGCUGAUUCUGAAGGCGUUGAGUAUUUUACGAAAAUUCUCGGGCACACUUAAAAAAAACCUGUUUGUGCCAAUUGAGUUUUACAAGGUCAUCGAGCUGAUUUUGAGAGCUGAUCUUGGUUCCGGUCUUCGUCUACCAAGAGACGUGGUCAAGCAUCUGGCUGUGAUCGAAGAGCGCAUUCUCGAAGAACUAAGCUGGGAAAACAAAUCGCCUCUUUGGAAAAACGACGAUUUCGUCCCUCCCUGCGCCGAUGUCACGACCCGCCGUAACGCCCAAGAACUGCCAAAUUCUCCAGCUCAGCCGAUGUCGCUUCGCCAUUCCUUUGCCUCGCCGAUCAAAGCCUCCGUCAAACGGAAAUUAUUCGACGAUGAUCCGAAGAGCGAUGACCCAAAAGAAAGUCCUGUUGAAAAUUUAGUGGACAAAGUGGUUGACGCGAAGAUAGUCUCAAAGCGCAGCUCGAUGCAUCUUUUCUACAGAAAAAUUUACCUCCUCGUUACAAGAAGAAUCCAACACAUUUCACAGCGGCUGCGGCUUUCAAAGCAAAUUACCGAAUACAUUUUUAACGUUUUCGAACACUGUCUGACGAAGAAACGAGAAAUGUUUCUCGAUCGACAUGUCGACCAGAUCAUCCUCUGCUGCGUCUACAUCGUCGGCAAAGUGUCCAACCCUCGAAACGAAAUCAAGUUCAUGGAAAUCCUCUCUGCCUACCGAUACCAGCCUCAAUGCAAGAGCAGGGUCUAUCGCAGCGUCAGAACCGCCUCAACUUCGGCCAAAACCUCUGAGCGGGGCGACAUUACAAAGUUCUACAACGCCGUUUUUGCCCCUCUUGUCGGGACUUUUACGACGGAGCUGAUCAGGCAAGCUGGAUUUAAUGCUGGAGUUCCUCUUUCUCCCCUACCGAUGAGCACUUCUUCUCCCAGGCGAUUGAGUUCCAAACACUCGAUUUUCAUCUCUCCCGCAAAGUGCAAGCGAAUCCCACUCACUCCGGAAUCAAUCCACGUCGGCAAGAAGAUCGAGUUUUUAAUGAACCAAAGUCCGAAUCGCCGCUCCGAAUUCAGCUCAAUCAACGAGAUGAUUUCGGGCGUCACAGGCUCGGCGAAACGAAAACGCGGAUUCGAAUACAAUUCUACUUCCGGAGUCACGAUCGGACCUGGCCUUUCCAAACGUCUCUCCUGUCUUCGUGAUGAAGGAUGCAUGACCAAAACGCCCUGA